AUGGACUAUCAAACACUGGUUAACGAAGAUAAUGAGGCUUUUGAAGGACCUGAUCAAACAUUAUCGCCUCUUGUACAAUUUGAAACACAAGAUGAUCAAAAUAACAACGAAAAACAACUACGAUGGAGUCAUCAAAAAGAUCUGGAUGAUUUUUUCAUCCGCAUAUAUCAAUAUCAUCAACAGCAUGGAUUCUCUUGUAUAGCUCUUUCUGAAAUCUUUGCUCUUGUACAAUUUGUAUUUAUUGUUUCAUUUACUAUUCUUAUUGUUCAAUGUAUUGACUAUCCACUUCUAUUUCGCUCAACGCCAUCAGCGAGGAAUCUAACAGAUAAAAUACAAAUUGAUCAAGUUAUUCAAUCGCCUAAACAAUGUCUUCGAAAUAUGCAUUUAAUAACAUCUAUAUGUCUCUUGCUCUCAUUUAUCUAUUGGAUUUAUCGGUUAUCACGUGCAAUUUAUAAUCUUCUAUCUUAUUUUAAUAUUCGAGCAUUUUAUACCCAAGCUUUGGAUAUAAAACCAAACGAACUAGCAAAUAUGACGUGGCAUGAAGUACAACAACGAUUGAUCAUAGCUCAGCGAACACAUCAUUUAUGCAUACAUAAAGCAAAUUUAACAGAACUAGAUAUUCACAACCGAUUAUUACGUUUUAAAAAUUAUGAAGUAGCUCUAGUAAAUAAAGGUAUUCUACCACCGAGAAUGCACGUACCCAUACUUGGAGAUAUACUUUCAUUUACAACUGGUUUUAAAUUUAAUCUGCGAUUAAUUCUAUUCUGGAGUCCAUAUGCACCAUUUGAUCAACGAUGGCAUCUACGGCAAGAGUAUAAAGUGCAUAGUCAACGUACAGCUCUAGCGCAACAAUUAUCCCGUUUUAUUCUUCUCUAUGGCCUCGCUAAUCUUCUUCUUUCACCAUUUAUAUUUAUUUGGCAAGUAUUAAAUUUAUUCUAUGGCUACACUGAACUGGUUCGACGUGAACCAGGUCUAUUGGGUAGUCGCCGUUGGAGUAAUUAUGGUCGCCUUUAUCUACGUCAUUUUAAUGAACUUGAUCAUUCACUUAAUCAACGAUUAAAUCGUGGUUAUAAACCAGCAGUAUCCUAUAUGUCUUCAUUUGUUAAUUACGGUGUAAUCGAAACAGCAAAAUUUGUCAGUUUUGCAGCCGGUGCUAUAUUAGCUGUUUUAAUUUUAUUAACAAUUUAUGAUGAAGACGUACUUAAAGUUGACCAUAUGUUAACAUUAAUGACUGGUCUCGGAGUUGUACUUGGCGUUUGUCGAUCGCUAAUACCAGAUGAAAAUAUGGUCUGCGAUCCUGAACAAAUGAUGCAACUUGUUCUUGCGCAAGUUCAUUAUCAGCCUGAUUCAUGGAAAGAUCAUGCACAUAAAGAUUAUGUUCAAACUGAAUUCGGACAAAUGUUUCAAUUGAAAUAUGUUUAUUUUCUUGAAGAACUUUUAAGUCCAUUUAUUACACCUAUUGUUUUAUGUUUUCAUUUACGUCGAAAAUCGAUACAAAUUAUUGAUUUCCUAAGAAAUUAUACUAUUGAAGUUCAAGGUGUUGGAGAUGUUUGUAGUUUUGCUCAGCUCGAUAUUGGAAAACAUGGAGAUUUGAAAUGGUUUGCACCAGUACGCGUCAAAACUGGCAAUACUAUUGGAAUAAUGAAUGAUGGAAAACUUGAAUUAUCAUUAAUGCAUUUUCAUCAUGCUAAUCCUCAAUGGCAGAUGCCAAAACAGUGUGAAAUGUAUUUAGAAAAAAUACAAGAACAAGCUAUGGAAAAUUUGCAAACAUCAUCUAUUCUUCAGCAAUCACUUCCUCAAAUGCAACGAAGUUUUUACAGUGAUCCAGCAACUACAUCAACCAUAUUGAAUCAUUCAGUCAUACCCAAACCGUUAAUCAACUCAAAUUCAUAUACUCAUUCUACUCAUUUAACACAUACAACGACUAGCAUUUCAAUGCAACUGCCAACAUCCUCAAUAAUACGCAGUGGCGCAUCCAAAGCUGAUUUACCUUAUAAACACCUUGCACCACUUGGUGUUCUUUCAAAAAUCCAUGCACAAACGUAUGACUUACCGGAUUCCAAUUAUUUAUCCAGUACAUUAGGAUCUUUACAAGGUUUACCAGGUGCUGCUCAGUUAGAUAUGAAUGUAUCUUGUUUAUUUAUGCAUGAAUUACGACAUAAAUAUAAACAUGGUGAAUAUGAAGAAUUACAAAAUAUCAGUGAAGAACCAAUCCCUGAGACGAGGUGUUAA